AUGUCAGAACGUGGCGGAACUCGAGGUGGCUUUGGCACACGAGGUGGUCGUGGCGGUGAAGGUGGACGCGGUCAUGGUGAAGGUUUCCGCGGCGAAGGUGAAGGUCGCGGCCGUGGUCGUGGCGAAGGUCGCGGUCGUGGUCGUGGUCGUCGUGGUCAACGUCCAAAAGAAGAUUCAACUAAAUCAUGGGUACCCGUCACCAAACUAGGUCGAUUAGUUAAUGAUGGCAAAAUUCGUUCACUUGAAGAAAUCUAUCUAUUUUCUUUACCCAUCAAAGAGGCUGAUAUAAUUGAUCGUCUUUUACCUGGUCUUAAGGAUGAAGUACUUAAAAUCAUGCCAGUACAGAAACAAACCCGUGCUGGUCAACGAACACGUUUCAAGGCUAUCGUCGUUGUCGGUGAUAAUAACGGACACAUUGGUCUCGGUGUUAAAUGUUCAAAAGAAGUAGCAACCGCUAUUCGUGGCGCUAUCAUUCUUGCUAAACUUUCUGUUAUUCCCGUACGACGUGGUUAUUGGGGUAACAAGAUCGGUGCACCACACACCGUACCAUGCAAAGUCACAGGUGAAUGCGGUAGUGUACUCGUACGUUUGAUUCCUGCACCUCGUGGAACAAGUCUUGUCUGCGCUCCUGUGCCAAAGAAACUUCUCCAAAUGGCCGGUAUUCAAGAUUGUUGGACAGCAGCCAAAGGAUGUACCGCUACACUUGGCAACUUCGCUAAAGCUACAUAUGCUGCUAUGGCAAUGACCUAUUCAUACUUGACACCUGAUCUAUGGAAAGAAACUGUAUACACUAAAACACCAUUUCAAGAGUUCAGUAGCCAUCUUGCCAACACAACCAAGAAAUAUACUGUUGGCUCAGGUGACAAACACUAUCAAUAA